GAUGCCGCGUCUCCGCUGCUGCUGCCUGCCCGGCGGGCUCCGGCGGCCGGUGCUUGAGAGCUACAUAAUUUUCCCCAACAUUUUGUCACAAAGAUCUGCAAACAUCUGGAAAAGCAGCGAGGUGGGGUACACAGGCCCUGUGGCAAGCACCCGUAGUCCUCCGGGGGUGCCACCCCUAAAACAGCACCCUCACCAUGUUUAAUCUAAUGAAGAAAGACAAGGACAAAGAUGGCGGGCGGAAGGAGAAGAAAGAAAAGAAGGAGAAGAAGGAGCGCAUGUCGGCGGCAGAGCUGCGGAGCCUGGAGGAGAUGAGCCUGCGCCGCGGCUUCUUCAACCUGAACCGCUCCUCCAAGCGCGAAUCCAAGACGCGCCUGGAGAUCUCCAACCCCAUCCCCAUCAAGGUGGCCAGUGGCUCCGACCUGCACCUCACCGACAUCGACUCGGACAGCAACCGGGGCAGCGUCAUCCUGGACUCGGGCCACCUGAGCACAGCCAGCUCGAGCGAUGACCUCAAGGGGGAGGAAGGCAGCUUCCGGGGCUCUGUGCUGCAGCGGGCGGCCAAGUUCGGCUCGCUGGCCAAGCAGAACUCACAGAUGAUUGUCAAGCGCUUCUCUUUCUCCCAGCGUAGCCGGGACGAGAGCGCCUCAGAAACCUCCACCCCCUCCGAGCACUCGGCCGCCCCUUCGCCGCAGGUGGAGGCAAGGACGAUAGAGGGACAGCUGGUGCAGUACCCGGGCCCAGGCAUCCCUCGCCCAGGACCCCGGACGCGCGUCCCUGAGCUGGUGACUAAAAGGUUCCCAGCUGACCUGCGCCUGCCGCCCGUGGUGCCCCGCCCCCCCCCUGCCCUGCGGGAGCUGGAGCUGCAGCGCAGGCCCACCGGGGACUUCGGCUUCUCGCUGCGCCGCACCACCAUGCUGGAUCGCGGCCCCGAGGGCCAGGCCUACCGGCGCGUUGUUCACUUCGCUGAGCCUGGUGCGGGCACCAAGGACCUGGCCUUGGGGCUGGUGCCAGGAGAUCGGCUGGUGGAGAUUAACGGGCACAACGUGGAGAGCAAGUCCAGGGAUGAGAUUGUGGAGAUGAUCCGGCAGUCCGGGGACAGCGUGCGGCUCAAGGUGCAGCCCAUCCCGGAGCUUAGCGAGCUGAGCCGGAGCUGGCUGCGGAGCGGCAAGGGAGCCCGCAGGGAGCCAGCCGAUGCGAAAACUGAAGAGCAGAUCGCAGCCGAGGAGGCCUGGUGUGAGACGGAGAAAGUGUGGCUGGCCCAUAAGGACGGCUUCUCGCUGGCCACUCAGCUCAGAUCAGAGGAGCUCAGCCUGCCGGAGGGGAAGGUGCGUGUGAAGCUGGACCACGAUGGCACCGUGCUGGACGUGGAUGAGGAUGACGUAGAGAAGGCAAAUGCUCCUUCCUGCGACCGGCUGGAAGAUCUGGCCUCGCUGGUGUACCUCAAUGAGUCCAGCGUGCUGCACACUCUGCGCCAGCGCUAUGGCGCCAGCCUGCUGCACACCUACGCCGGCCCCAGCCUGCUCGUCCUCAGCCCCCGUGGGGCCCCCACCGUGUACUCCGAGAAGGUGAUGCACAUGUUCAAGGGGUGUCGGCGGGAGGACAUGGCACCCCACAUCUACGCCGUGGCCCAGGCGGCGUACAGGGCAAUGCUGAUGAGCCGUCAGGACCAGUCCAUCGUCCUGCUGGGCAGCAGCGGCAGUGGCAAGACCACCAGCUGCCAGCACCUGGUGCAAUACCUGGCCACCAUCGCGGGCAGCGGGAGCAAGGUGUUUUCUGUGGAGAAGUGGCAGGCUCUGUACACCCUCCUGGAAGCCUUCGGGAACUGCCCCACCAGCAUGAACAGCAAUGCCACGCGCUUCUCCCAGAUCUUGUCCCUGGACUUUGACCAGGCUGGCCAAGUGGCCUCGGCCUCAAUCCAGACGAUGCUUCUGGAGAAGCUGCGCGUGGCCCGACGCCCCUCCAGCGAGGCCACGUUCAAUGUCUUCUACUACCUGCUGGCCUGUGGGGACAGCACCCUCAGGACAGAGCUCCACCUGAACCACUUGGCUGAGAACAACGUGUUUGGGAUUGUGCCCCUGGCCAAGCCUGAGGAGAAGCAGAAGGCGGCUCAGCAGUUCAGCAAGCUGCAGACGGCCAUGAAGGUGCUGGGCAUCUCCGCCGACGAGCAGAAGGCCUGCUGGCUUAUCCUGGCCGCCGUCUACCACCUGGGGGCCGCAGGCGCCACCAAAGCUGGUCGCAAGCAGUUUGCCCGGCAUGAGUGGGCCCAGAAGGCUGCGUACCUGCUGGGCUGCGGCCUGGAGGAGCUGUCCUCGGCCAUCUUCAAGCACCAGCACAAGGGUGGGACCCUGCAGCGCUCCACCUCCUUCCGCCAGGGCCCGGAGGAGAGCAGCCGAGGAGAUGGAACCGGCCCGAAGCUGAGCGCACUGGAGUGCUUGGAGGGCAUGGCGUCCGGCCUCUACAGCGAACUCUUCACCCUCCUCGUCUCCCUGGUGAACAGGGCCCUCAAGUCCAGCCAGCACUCGCUGUGCUCCGUGAUGAUCGUGGACACGCCGGGAUUCCAGAACCCCGAGCAGGGUGGGUCGGCCCGGGGAGCCUGCUUCGAGGAGCUGUGUCACAACUACGCCCAGGACCGGCUGCAGAAGCUCUUCCACGAGCGCACCUUCGUGCAGGAGCUGGAGAGAUACAAGGAGGAGAACAUUGAGGUGGCAUUUGACGACUUGGAGCCCACCACCGAUGACUCAGUGGCCGUCGUGGACCAGGCGUCCCAUCAGUCCCUGGUGCGCUCGCUGGCCCGCACGGACGAGGCAAGGGGCCUGCUGUGGCUUUUGGAAGAGGAGGCGCUGGUUCCUGGGGCCACGGAGGACGCCCUCCUGGAGCGCCUCUUCUCCUAUUACGGCCCCCAGGAAGGCGACAAGAAAGGCCAGAGCCCCCUCCUGCGCAGCAGCAAGCCUCACCAUUUCCUCCUGGGCCACAGCCAUGGCACCAACUGGGUGGAGUACAACGUGGCUGGCUGGCUGGGCUACACCAAGCAGAACCCGGCCACCCAGAACGCCCCCCGGCUCCUGCAGGACUCCCAGAAAAAGGUCAUCAGCAGCUUGUUCCUGGGCCGCGUGGGCGGCACCACCGUGCUGUCCGGCUCCAUCGCGGGGCUAGAGGGCGGCUCCCAGCUGGCGCUGCGCCGGGCCACCAGCGUCCGCAAGACCUUUACCACGGGCAUGGCUGCCGUCAAGAAGAAGUCCCUGUGCAUCCAGAUCAAGCUGCAGGUGGAUGCCCUCAUCGACACCAUCAAGAAGUCCAGGAUGCAUUUCGUGCACUGCUUCCUGCCCGUGGCCGAGGGCUGGGCCGGGGAGCCCCGCUCCGCCUCUUCCCGCCGCGUCAGCAGCAGCAGUGAGCUGGACCUGCCCUCGGGAGACCCCUGUGAGGCCGGGCCCCUGCGGCUGGAUGUGCCCCUGCUGCGGGCCCAGCUCCGUGGCUCCCGCCUGCUGGACGCCAUGCGCAUGUACCGCCAAGGUUACCCUGACCACAUGGUGUUCUCCGAGUUCCGCCGUCGCUUCGAAGUCCUGGCCCCACACCUGACCAAGAAACACGGACGCAACUACAUCGUGGUGGACGAACGGCGGGCCGUGGAGGAGCUGCUGGAGUCCUUGGACCUGGAGAAGAGCAGCUGCUGCUCAGGCCUGAGCCGGGUGUUCUUCCGGGCGGGCACGUUGGCGCGGCUGGAGGAGCAGCGGGACGAACAGACCAGCAGGCACCUGACCCUGUUCCAGGCGGCCUGCAGGGGCUACCUCGCACGCCAGCACUUCAAGAAAAGAAAGAUCCAGGACCUGGCUAUCCGCUGCGUCCAGAAGAACAUCAAGAAGAACCGGGGGGUGAAGGACUGGCCCUGGUGGAAGCUGUUCACCACCGUGCGGCCCCUCAUCGAAGUGCAGCUAUCAGAGGAGCAGAUCCGGAGCAAGGACGAGGAGAUCCAGCAGCUGCGGGGCAAGCUUGAGAAGGUGGAGAAGGAGCGGAACGAGCUGCGGCUCAACAGCGACCGGCUGGAGACCCGGAUCUCAGAGCUGACAUCGGAGCUGACGGAUGAGCGUAACACAGGAGAGUCCGCCUCCCAGCUGCUGGACGCCGAGACUGCCGAGAGGCUCCGCGCUGAGAAGGAGAUGAAGGACCUGCAGAGCCAGUACGAUGCCCUGAAGAAGCAGAUGGAGGUGAUGGAAAUGGAGGUGAUGGAGGCCCGGCUCAUCCGGGCGGCCGAGCUCAAUGGCGAGGUGGACGACGAUGACACGGGUGGCGAGUGGCGGCUGAAGUACGAGCGGGCAGUGCGGGAGGUGGACUUCACCAAGAAGCGGCUGCAGCAGGAGUUUGAGGACAAGCUGGAGGUGGAGCAGCAGAGCAAGAGGCAGCUGGAGAGGCGGCUCGGGGACCUACAGGCAGACAGUGACGAGAGCCAGCGGGCCCUGCAGCAGCUCAAGAAGAAGUGCCAGCGGCUGACCGGGGAGCUGCAGGACACCAAGCUGCACUUGGAGGGCCAGCAGGUCCGCAACCAUGAGCUGGAGAAGAAGCAGAGGAGGUUUGACAGCGAGCUCUCGCAGGCGCACGACGAGGCCCAGCGGGAGAAGCUGCAGCGGGAGAAGCUGCAGCGGGAGAAGGACAUGCUCCUGGCUGAGGCUUUCAGCCUGAAGCAGCAGCUCGAGGAAAAAGACAUGGACAUCGCAGGGUUUACCCAGAAGGUUGUCUCACUAGAGGCUGAGCUCCAGGACAUUUCUUCCCAAGAAUCCAAGGACGAGGCCUCUCUGGCCAAGGUCAAGAAACAGCUCCGGGACCUGGAGGCCAAGGUCAAGGAUCAGGAAGAGGAGCUGGAUGAGCAGGCGGGGACGAUCCAGAUGCUGGAACAGGCCAAGCUGCGUCUAGAGAUGGAGAUGGAGCGGAUGAGGCAGACCCAUUCCAAGGAGAUGGAGAGUCGGGACGAGGAGGUGGAGGAGGCCCGGCAGUCAUGCCAGAAGAAGUUAAAGCAGAUGGAGGUGCAGCUGGAAGAAGAAUACGAGGAUAAGCAAAAGGUGUUGCGGGACAAGCGGGAGCUGGAGAGCAAGCUCACUGCACUCAGCGACCAGGUGAGCCGGCGAGACUUGGAGUCGGAGAAGCGGCUUCGGAAAGACCUGAAGCGCACCAAGGCACUGCUGGCGGACGCGCAGGUCAUGCUGGACCACCUGAAGAACAGCGCGCCCAGCAAGCGGGAGAUCGCCCAGCUCAAGAACCAGCUGGAGGAGUCAGAGUUCACCUGUGCGGCAGCCGUCAAAGCACGGAAAGCAAUGGAGGUGGAGAUUGAGGACCUGCACCUGCAGAUCGAUGACAUCGCCAAAACCAAGACUGCGCUGGAGGAGCAGCUGAGCCGGCUUCAGCGUGAGAAGAAUGAGAUCCAGAACCGGCUGGAAGAGGAUCAGGAGGACAUGAAUGAGCUGAUGAAGAAGCACAAGGCGGCCGUGGCUCAGGCCUCCCGGGACCUGGCUCAGAUGAAUGACCUCCAAGCCCAGCUAGAAGAGGCCAACAAGGAGAAGCAGGAGCUUCAGGAGAAGCUGCAAGCGCUCCAGAGUCAGGUAGAGUUCCUGGAGCAAUCCAUGGUGGACAAGUCCCUGGUGAGCAGGCAGGAAGCGAAGAUCCGGGAGCUGGAGACUCGCCUGGAGUUCGAAAGGACGCAAGUGAAGCGGCUGGAGGGCCUGGCCAGCCGGCUCAAGGAGAACAUGGAGAAGCUGACUGAGGAGCGGGAUCAGCGCAUUGCGGCCGAGAACAGGGAGAAGGAGCAGAACAAGCGGCUCCAGCGGCAGCUCCGGGACACCAAGGAGGAGAUGGGCGAGCUUGCCAGGAAGGAGGCCGAGGCGAGCCGCAAGAAGCAUGAACUGGAGAUGGACCUGGAAAGCUUGGAGGCCGCCAACCAGAGCCUGCAGGCCGAUCUGAAGCUGGCGUUCAAGCGCAUCGGGGACCUGCAGGCUGCCAUCGAGGAUGAGAUGGAGAGUGAUGAGAACGAGGACCUCAUCAACAGUUUGCAGGACAUGGUGACCAAGUAUCAGAAAAGAAAGAACAAACUUGAGGGAGACUCAGAUGUGGACUCGGAGCUGGAGGACCGGGUCGACGGGGUCAAGUCCUGGUUGUCGAAAAACAAGGGACCGUCCAAGGCAGCUUCCGAUGACGGCAGCUUAAAGAGCUCCAGCCCCACCGGCUACUGGAAGUCCCCCGCCCAUGACCGGUCAGAUGAGGAGCCCGACGCUCUCGACAGCACCUCCAGAGCCCGGUACUCCCACAACUACACGAGCGACAGCGACACAGAGGCCAAGCUCAUGGAGACCCACGCGUAACCUGGGAAGCAAGCGGUUCACAGCUCUCCCGCUCCACAGCCCCGGAACUGGCAGGGGGCCACGCGGACCCUCUCUGUCACAGAGACUUUCCAGGCUGUGGGUGUUAAACGACUCCACACAGAAGAGGUGGGAGAAAGAGGAGUUUCUGAAAAGAGAACUGUUUGCUCCUCCCUGCCUCGAAGAUGCCAUGCUGUUGGCUUCCACCCUGGGCCACUGUGCUGGGCAGGUGGUCUGGCGCUGCGUGGAGCUGGCACGCUGGCCUCCAUCUCAGCCCCUGCUCAGGGACGGAGCUCAGUUGCUGGGUCUACGGGGAGGCGUGGGUGAGGGCUUUCUCUUCUCAGUGCCUGCUGUCUUUUUACUUUUUAAUUUAAAUCCCCAACCUCUCCAUCACAGCUGCAUCCCUGGGAGUGGGAGGGGGCCGCGGCGGCAGCUGGGGCCCCCGGGAACCACCGGGGAAUCUCAUCUCCGUCUUUACUCUUGGGAGAGCGGCCUUUUCUCUGUGCAGCUGGAGAGGCUGCUGGGCGGAGCUGGGGACCGGCAGUGAAGAGGCGGCUGGGGAGGCCCCUCAGGUGCUUCUGGUUGGGGCCAAGCGAGCCCCACACAGACGGGUGCAGUGCGCCAGCCCCCACCCCGGCCCCCCUCAGCAGCGUGUGAAGUGCAAUGACCUAUUUAAGAGAAAACCCAUUCCACCUACACGCUUGCUCGGGGCUUAGCCGAGCUCUGCCUCCCUCCCGCACCGUCCGUCGUCCGUCGGGUCUCCUGGGCCCUAAGCUCCACUUGAGAGGGAAAGCCUGGAGCUGAGAGCUGGAGAGGCAGUGCAGAGGCAGGCAGGACGCGAGUCCUCACCCUGUGACCUGAGCCUGCACUGUCUCUCUCCUUCCAGUUUCCCAGCCCCCAUGCACCUCUGCCCCCCACCCCAGCUGUCCCACUGACUCCUCCAGAUCUGGGGGCCCAAGGGCAGUGCCUGGUGCUGCUCCCAUCUGCUGGCCCCCUCUCUCCUGCAGUCGGUUUGGACUCACUGGGCUGUGCUCUCUCCCCUGCUUACCUGAGGUAUGGAAAUAAAGGCCCUUUUCCCCUUGGUGACGCCAAUCUCCUGCCUGUUCCUUCAGGCUCAAGGACCCUCCGAUGUACUCCUGGGGUGAGGGGCGUGGGACUCCCCUGCUCUCUGGCCUGCGCCCCGCAGAGUGCCUUGGCAGCUCAUCUGGGGCAGGCAGAGGCAGGCGGUGGGAUGAGGGACUGCUCAGAGCUGUGAGCUGCCAUUCAGGUUGACAGAGCCUUGGCCUCCCCGGCCUGCACCAGGCCAUGCUGAGGUCUAGCCAACAGCUACAUCUUACCACUGACCAAGAUUCUGUCUUUAAUGUUUUAAAAAGGGAAUUAAACCCUUCUCGUUAGGAAGUGUUUUUAUAGGCUGAAUUUUAGUCAUUCCGAAGGUGACUUUUUGAUCAGAAUUAGGCCGAACUGUCUCUAGCUCUCAGCUCCCCUUGGUCACAGAGCAACUUAAAUAGAGUGGGGGUGCUCGUCUUCGCGCCCCAGCCCGUGCCUUGGCCCUGGGUGGCAGCUAAGAGGUGGCUCCUGGCGCCUGCGGAAGGGCAAGGAACAAACAACCCCUCGUCUCCUGCCUGCACCGAGGCGUGAGUUGUUAGGACCCCUGCAGGAGUCCAGGGGUCUCAGCGGGUAACCCCCAGUGAUGGCAGCCCCUCCAAAAGAGACAAGAAAGGCACGAAGGUAGAAAGUCAACCCCAACACGAGUGGGAGAGGGUUGUGAAAAGGCUCCAUCUUGAAUGAGGGCUGCCCCACCUGCCGCCCCAGGAUAGAACAGAGAAGGCAGUAAAAGUGAAGCUUUU